CUAGGGAUUUGGGAUACUGAUAUCCAGUCCCGAGCUGUCAGAGAGGGUGCAACAGAGGUGAUUGGAGGGCGAUCGGAUGAAAUCCUGCGAAGGAAAGGGUCCGCCAGCUAUUUUUUAUGCAUUUUUUACCUGCCACCAUGGUUUGCGAAACGAAAAUCGUGGCGGACGAGGAGAUGCCGGGCUCCAAGGGCGACGCCAUGGUCUCCUCCAGCCAGAUGUGGCCAGCGCCCGGGUCCCCGCCGCCAGUGGCCGCUCCGACGCCGCCGCCGCCGCCGCCGCCGCUGCAACCGCUCCAGCCGCCGCUACAGCCGAAGCCCGAAGCCGUCUUCAUUCGGGAGUUUCAGCCCGGGGACCAGGCGAGUGUCCGCCGCAUCUUUUACGAAGGGAUCAUGGAGCGGAUCCCCAACACGGCACUGAGGGGGUUAAAACAACAGCCGAAGAUGCUCCUCUUCUAUUCCUGCUUGACCGUAAUGUGCUUUUAUCUGACCAAGUCCGUGCUGCUGACCUGCUGUGUGCCCACCUUACUAUUGGGCGCGAGAUAUUACUACAGUAGGAAAGUUAUCCUCAGCUAUCUUGAGUGUGUACUACAAACCGAUAUGUCAGAUAUAGAGCAGUAUUACAUGAAACCUGCAGGUUCCUGCUUCUGGGUUGCAGUUCUGGACGGGAAUGUUGUGGGCAUCGUGGCUGCCAGAGGCAACGAGGAGGAUAACACAGUGGAACUCCGCCGCAUGUCCGUGGACUUUGACCAGCGAGGGAAGGGCAUUGCCAAGGCCCUGGGCCGCAAGGUCCUGGAGUUUGCGGUUCUCAACAACUACUCGGCCGUGGUGCUGGGGACCACUGCUGUCAAGCCGGCUGCCCACAAGCUGUACGAGUCUUUGGGAUUCAGAUACGUGGGCAUCACUGAACACUACGUGCUCCCGGGGAUGAACCACUCGGUCUUGGAGAAAAUGUUUUUCCAGCUUCGUUACCACCGCUACCGGCUGCUUAUCCGUGAAGAGUAAACGUUUCCCGGCUUACCUCUUACCCACUCCCUCACCCCCUUCCCCUGACAAACACCGGAAUCGAAUGCCCAAUGCUUCGUAAUACUUUGAUGAUUCUUUAUUCCACCCUGCUGCCCCACUUAACUUCUCAUGGCAGUUGGGAGUUACGAUCGUGCCAGACUUGCUGUAGGGUGGUGGUGCCUGUGAUCAAAGCAACCUGCCUGCAGCUAAUAUUCUUACCAUCUGCAGCAUGUCUGGCUGGGGUCAACAUUCAGCCCGACCCAAGUAACCGUCAACUAGACCUCCAUCAGUACAUCAGUCACACAGUACGGAUGCGGUAACAAUUACUGUAUUGGCGUAGGCUUUUGAAGGAGAGCAUGGAUUGAAUUGGGGAUGGAUCAUUGCACAUGCAUUUAAUGUACUGUCAGUGAUGAUCAAUGAUCAGUACCCUUU